GUGAAGAUCACUGUGAAACCACAUGACCAACCCAGAGUGGGCUGGCCCCUUCACUCACUGAGUAUCUCUUGAGGCUUGUUUGCACUGAGGCCUCUGCCUUAUGCUUCUUCAAGCCUUUAAGGCACACGGAGAGCCACACCUUCCUCUGACACCUGCAAAUAUGGAGUAAACUUAAAAAAGACACCAUCAUCAAGCAGGUGAAGAAACAGCUGCUCACUAUGGAGCCAAAAGACAUAUCAAAACCCCGACUGAGUCUGGACUCCGGCUCUGGUCUACAGUACGGCUCCUCUGUGAACAGCCUUCCGUCACUUACACCAAUGGCAGAGAAAGAAGAAGAGCCAGUCAUUUCACCGAGACGCUCCUACAUAGCUGUAGCUGUGCUCUGUUACCUCAACUUGCUUAACUACACAGAACGGUUCACAAUAGCAGGUAUCCUUCCCAACAUUCAAAGAUUCUUUGAUAUAAAUGACAGUGCGGCUGCACUUAUACAAACAGUUUUCAUCUGCAGUUUCUUGCUUUUGGCUCCUCUCUUCGGUUUCCUUGGGGACCGCUACAACCGGAAAUAUGUCAUGAUUGCUGGUUUGAGCGUGUGGCUUGUGACUGCAGCUGGCAGCUCUUUUGUCACUAAGUCGCACUUCUGGCUUCUGAUGCUGUUGCGAGCCAUUGUCGGGGUAGGAGAGGCCAGCUUCUCAACCAUUGCUCCCACCAUCAUCAGUGAUCUCUUUGUUGGGACUAAACGGAGCACCAUGAUCUGUUUGUUCUACAUCUUUGUCCCAGUUGGAUGUGGUUUUGGAUUUAUAAUAGGAGCAGGGGUGACUGCCGCCACAGGAGAUUGGCGUUGGGCUCUCAGGAUCACUCCCAUCUUGGGUGUAGUGGGACUUGUCCUGCUGGUCUUCUUAUGCCCCAACCCACCCAGAGGUGCUGCAGAAACCCAUGGAAAGGGAGUCACAGGGGAGAGCUCUUACCUGGAGGACAUCAAAUAUCUUCUGAAAAAUAAAAGUUAUGUGUGGUUAUCCUUGGGAAUGACGGCGACAACCUUCGUCACCGGAGCCCUGGCUUUCUGGAUGCCUACUUUUCUAUCCAGAGCUCGGGUCAGUCAGGGACUCCAACUGCCAUGUGUCAAAGAGCCCUGCAACCCGACGGACAGUUAUAUUGUUGGCGCUGUGACGGUGGUGACGGGCAUUCUGGGAGGGUUUCUUGGCAGUGGCUUAUCUAGAUGGUUAAGGGACAAAGUCCCAAAGGCGGACCCACUCAUCUGCACAGUAGGCCUGCUGGGAUCUGUUCCCUGCCUCAUCAUCACCAUCUUUGUUGCAUCAGCAAGCAUUCCUGCCACUUAUGUUUUCAUUUUCUUCGGUCAAUUAUUGAUAUCACUGAACUGGGCUGUAAUGGCUGAUAUACUGCUGUAUGUUGUCAUUCCAACAAGAAGAUCCACAGCUGAGGCUCUCCAGACAACAGUCAUGCAUCUCUUGGGUGACGCUGGCAGUCCUUUCCUCCUAGGAGCGAUUUCUGAUGCUAUACGCAAAUCUAAACCUGCUACUCCUGACUGGAGGUUCCGCAGUCUGCAGUACAGCUUCCUGGUCUGCCCAGUUGUUGGGCUCCUGGGUGGACUAUUUUUCCUCAUGACAUCCUUCCACAUUACUGAAGACAGAAAGGCAGCUGAGCUUUAUGUUAAAGGAGAUCCUCCACCACAGCAGGGUCCUGCAUCUGAGCCCCCAGUGGAACUGAGCAAUGUGGGAAUUGAGUAA